UCGAGCGCGUAACAGUGGUGAGCUGUGUGUGUGUACGCACGGCGGCCAGUGUAAACCGUCUACCCUUCUGCCGUGCACGUCCACCGCCACUGGCCCCCGUCAAAUCGCAUCGGGUCCGUACAUUUACUGUCGCGUUGCGAUUAUCAUCGGUGUCACGGCCGCGCGCACGUAUUUCGAUAAUAAUUCGUUUUGAGUAUCAGCUGGUGCGGGGUUACCUAACUUUUGUUCCACGAUCAAUUCAUCCAUCCGUCUCGCCGACCACGAUCGUAUUUUACGCUCCCGCGUCUCGGUAUAUUUUUACCGAUUCGUCGUCCAGUUAUUGUCUUUCACGCACCAUCUUGUUCCCCCUCUCCGAGGGUCCGCUUUCCAACUCGAUUGUUUCUCCUGCGCCCACCCGCGUUGACGCAACCCACUUGGUGGCCACUGCACGCGCGCAUCCCUCUAAGCUCAACGGGUUAGUAACGUUUGCCGCACAGGAGCAGCAGCAGCAGCAGCAGCAAUCGACUAUACAACUGCACCCGCACCGCGUCAUCACGUCGCCGCGAUCGCAGACGAAUUCGGACGUGGGUCAAAAGAACGUUUUGCGUGUUCGUCAUAUGGUUGGACAGAGGAGGCCAAGUAGAUCAUGUUCGAUAUUGAUAUGGGGUGGAUUUUUAUUACUUUACGCCGCUCUGACUGCAAUCAUAGAUUGUACCCAGAACAAUUUGUCGACUCCGAUAGUCCCAUUGAUGUCCACAAACAAGCCACUUCCAACCGAAAAUCCAGUAAAUACAGAAGAUAGUUUUGGGUCUGGUGACGGAUCAACAAUUUUUCCGACUCCUUUAAUUUUACAAAAUGAAAACAAAACUACAGAGAACUCUUCGGUGUUAAAUCCAUCGAAUACGACAAUUAUAAAUAGUGACGAAUCUGAAAAAUGCACACCACCAGCGAUAAAACAGUUUCCCAGACCCUUUAUGAGACCUUCAAUAAGACGUCGAGGAGGAGUAUUAAUCCACAUAAUUUUAUGCAUUUAUAGCUUCUUAGGAUUAGCAAUCGUUUGUGAUCAUUAUUUUGUGAAGUCACUGGAUAGAAUUUGCGAAGAACUUAAAGUUAGUCCUGAUGUCGCGGGUGCCACUUUUAUGGCAGCUGGCAGCUCUGCUCCUGAAUUGGCUACAGUUGUUAUUGGAGUUUUCUUAGCCAAAGACGAUAUAGGAGUGAGUGGCGUCAUCGGGUCUGCAGUUUUCAAUAUUAUGUUCGUCAUAGCUGUUUGUGGUUUAGCGUCUACGACUGUCACUUAUCUCAACUGGUGGCCCCUUUGCAGGGACUCGUUUUUCUACACCAUUAGCAUACUUAUUAUGCUGUUAGCCAUUUACAAUGAGACUAUUUCAUGGAUCGAAAGUUCUAUGCUGCUUCUGGCGUACGUCAUUUAUUGUGUAGCGCUGUAUUACAAUUUGUACUUGGAAGCAUGGGCAAAUACUUGGAACUUACCUUUUCCUCCAAGAAACCAUGGACAAAUUAAUGAAUUAUUCGCGGAUCAAUCUAUGUCAGAUGCCAAGGAGGGCCAAGAACAAAUUCAAUUGACUGGUACUAAAAGUCCAUCAGGAUAUGAUACAACUGGAUCAACAGGAAUAGACCAUCAAGAACAUAACCAACAAUCAAAAACUCAACAAAAUCCCGACUACUACAUACCUAAAGUAUAUCAUGAAGCUGAUGAGGUCAAUCCUCUCCUAAAACCUGAAAACGGAAACAUUUUCCAAGUAACUCAAUGGUUCUUGAUGUAUCCAAUUUAUUUUACAUGUUACUAUACAAUGCCAGAUUGCCGAAAGGAAAUAUUCAAAAACUGGUAUGGAUUAACUUUCGUGAUAUCUAUGCUAUGGAUUUCUGUGUACUCUUAUAUUAUGGUUUGGAUGAUCACAGUUAUAGGUAAUACGCUUGGAAUACCAGAUACAGUUAUGGGCCUAACCUUUGUUGCAGCUGGAGUUAGUGUACCAGAUGCUUUAUCUAGUCUUGCAGUAGUAAAAGAAGGCUACGGUGACAUGGCUGUAUCUAAUGCAAUUGGAAGCAACGUGUUUGAUAUAUUAGUAUGUUUAGGACUGCCUUGGUUUUUGCAAACGGCCGUGUUUAAUCCAGGAAGUACUGUAAAAGUGUAUAGUAAAGGCUUAACUUAUUGCACCUUAACACUACUAUCGACUGUAGUGUUUUUGUUAGUGGCAACGCACAUGAACGGAUGGAAGUUGGAUAGAAAGUUUGGAGCUGUCCUUAUGUUAUGGUAUUUGAUUUUUAUAGCAAUAGCUAGUCUAUAUGAAAUGAACGGUACAAUGAAUCCACCAAGCUGUUUAACCGACUAUUAAUGUAACUAUAAUGUUAUAAAAAUUAUUUAAACAAUAGGUUAUAUACAAUUUGUUUUGAUUUCAAAUAUGUUUGUUUUGUAUUUUAUUUUCAAACUAACGUUAUUCUCCUGUCAUGUCUGACAGUUCAGCAACCUGUGAUUUUUUUGUAUAAGUAAUAUUAUAAAAAUAUAAUAUUAUAAUACAUAUAGCUAAUAUACUCGAAUAACGUAAGCCUACACGUUUUUCUGAGGUUAAAGCUGAUAACUGGAAUAAUUAUUUUUAAUUGUAAGUUUUUGAAAACUUUGUCAUAAAGUUAUUUUACAUUAUUUAAACAAAAAUAAAACUAUGCCAUUUGUAAAUUAAAAUAUUAUUUAUCGCACAAUCUAGAUUAUAAUCUGUUGUUUUAUUAUACUGGAUGUGAACGGAACACUUGGCUCUUCAUCUCAGAAACAAUUUUUCAAAUAUUUCUUUGGAAAUGUAAUACACUGAGAAUAUAGUAUAAUUAAAAUUAUUUUUCAUGUUU